AUGCAGGUGGUCUCCGCGUGCUUCGCGUCGUCAUCACUGCAGUAUCUCCAACAACAAAUGGGCCAGCUAAUUCUUUCGGAGCUUAGCCGCCGAGCCUGGCUUGGGGAUAUUCUGGCGCCUUUUAACAAUAUGCUGAAGCCAGCAACCCUGACCGACUACACCAGCACAUGGAGGCGCAUUUUCGCUUUUGUCGCCGACCACAUCCCCAACGAAAAGGUCUGCGGCGCCAUGACCUCAUUCGCCGGGCCCCUGAAUCAAGCCGCAGUGAAGAACGUAUGGGCGGCAUUCUGCAUGACUGGGGCACAACUCCUACAUCUUGGGAAGUGGAAUACCGCAACGGAGAGCAGAUCAAGAAGUUUGAGACGAUUUUACGAUUGGACAUGCGGCCUCGACCCAUUUAUGCCGAGGUCGAGGAGGCGUUUAAGGUUGCACAGAAUCUGA